AGGUUUCUGUGUGUAAAUCUGCAGGAGCCUCACCAUGGUGCAGGAGAAGACAGACGGGACAAACAAAGACAUUGUCCUUCCACCAAUUCAACUGAAUAGAGCCGCUUCGUCAUGGGGGUUGAAGAUCAAGAAAAAGCUGAUUGUGCCUCCCAGUCUGGGCAAGUUCAGACCAAUUGUGAACCAAUGCUGCCACCAGUGCACACCAGACAGUCUGCGCAAGAACCUUGGACAAAACUCUUCACUUGGCUUCCGAAACCUGCUGAGCAUCAACGAGACACAAACCAGGUAUCGUGGUUGGCUGGUGCGGAGGGUCUGCUUCGCCCUGUUUGUGAGUGGGCGCAAGGUUUACGGGAGUCCUGUUAGCAACAGGCUGGAGAGACUCUGUCAGAGCAACAGGGUGAGGGAGGCGUUCACAGCAGAGCAUGAAGCAUCCGAGGGGGGAGACGGCCAGGGGCAGCUCAGACUCCUGUCACCAUACCAUGCCCUCACUAACACCUGCAUUUCCUCUGGAUUCUUGAGAUUUGUAGGCUGGGCGAUGCUGAAGAUGUUUGCUUCCGUCUUCUACAGUAUUGAAGUCAACCUCAACCAUCUGUCAGCAUUGCACAGAGUCUCACAAGAGGGAUCUCCGCUGGUUUAUGUGUAUAUGCGUCAGAGCAUCAUGGACUGUGCUCUCAUCCCUCUCGUGCUCUUCUGUCACAACCUGAGAGUGCCAUACACUGUUUAUCCUCUCCAGAUUAACAGCUCCUCACUAAGAUCAGUCCUGCAGAAAGUCGGUGUUGUCCUUCUUCCUCCUUCUGCACAGACUGAACAAGAUGCUGAGAUGGACAGUUUGUACUCACCUGUCAUGACCUCUCUUGUACGUGAGCUGCUGCAUGAGGGCCAGGCUAUAAGUGUCGGUGUGUCACCAGAGUCAGGCCAGGGCGGUCAGUGGCUGGCUCACAUCAUCCAGCUCAUCAAAGAAGGAUCUGUCCCUGAUGUCCGCGUGGUCCCUGUGGGCAUCUCGUACGACUGUGUGCCCAACACCAACGUGCAGGUUGGCUUGAGAUCCGUGUUGCAGUGGAUGAUGUCUUUUCUCUGGCGGAAACCAAAAGAAUGUGUGAGGAUCCACUUUGUCCUGCCCUUUUCUCUUAAGGAGAUGUGCGAGUCCAGGAGGUGGAGAGUAGACGAAUGGCUCCCUCUUCAGGACCUGUUGCUUCCUGUAAUCCUCAAGAACAGAACUGAAAGCGUGUUUGGGAAAAGGAGGAUGUCAUGGCUCCUGCCUUCUUCUCAUUAUGCAUCUGAACUUGAAGAGCCGGGUCAUCCAGACAGGAACCUCAGCGUGGCCAUCAUCCAUCACCUCAUCUUCUCUGCAACUUCCUGCAUGGCUGUGAUGGCCACCAGUGUUGUGUCCAGCCUUCUGCUGUACAGACACCGCAAGGGCGUGAGCGUAUCUGGCCUGUGUCGUGAUGUGGACUGGCUCAUCGACGAAAUCUUGUUGAGGAACAGAGACGUCGGCUUUGGAGGAACUUUAGCCAACGUUGUCCACUAUUCCCUCUCUCUGCUGGGCCCCCACCUCAUCAUAGCUGCAGCACCGUCCAGGGAAGACCCUCUCAUCGUGCCCCGUCCUUCCUUUGCUGCCACACUUCACCUCUUCGUCCAGGCCCAGGCUGUCAGACACACCUUUGUAGUGGAAGCUGUUGGAGCAUGUGCGGUGUCGGCCAUGCUGUGUGAGGUGGCUUCAGUGGUGUCAUGCAGCAGGGUGAGGAGUGACGGUGUGGAGGGGCAAUCCAACCUGACUGAGAGAGCCUUGCAGCUCUGCCAUCUCCUGCCACCGGGCUUCGUGCCACCCUGUCAGUCAUCCCAGAAUUUCGCUCUGGAUGCUGUUGACAGUCCUGGUAACGCUGUGGCAUCCCUGAUCAAUGGAGGAAAAAUUCCAAGGGAUGUUCCUAUCUGUGAUUUCUGGAAGAAGGACGGUAUUCUGACCUGGAACACUGAUGACCCCUAUCACAGCGACUCUGACUGCGAGGAGCAGGACCUGCGCUCCUACAAGAUAAGCCAGCCAAGUCGGUGUCCUGAGAUGCUCUUCUUCCUCUGCAGUAUGCUUGCUGGACAUCUGAGAGCCCUGUGCUGGACCACCAUGGGACUGGACCACAUCGACACACCUCUGGCGAAAGCUGAGUUUGUGGCUCAGAUACGCUCGCAUCUGCGUGACACAGCGAAUGAGAAGAAGCAGUACUACGAGAGCUGCUCAGAGGAGGCGGCACACACUGCAGUUAGAACACUAAUAGACCUCGGGGUCCUUUCGGAGGAGCGCCACGAGGAAGGCGUUCUCCUGGGUGUUAGUCCUUUGUUCCAGUUGUCAGAAAACAGGCAGAAACUGCACCGCUUCAUCUCACAGUACCUCUUCAAUUAAUGUGUUUAACGGGGAAGAAUGAGUCAAGGCCUCGACACGGCUUUGUUUAGUUGCAGGGUCUGACCUCAUCUGCUGUCAGUGUCAGGAAAGCUGGUGUUCGCUGUUAAAAAAGAUGCACGCUGAGCCGGGGUGCUGGUGUUUUUAGGUUAAUUGCGUUUUGAUUUUUCAAUGAUGAGACAUUGAUUUUAAGUUUAUCUUUAGUAAUAGCAUUAGCAUAAAGCCACAGGAGAGGAGGAUUAUGAAGUCCCUGUAAUCAGCAGCGAGGACUCGUGUCGGAUGGUGCAGCUUGUGCUUCCAACGCGUUUAUUUUGUAACCAAGGCUCCUCGGGUUUUGUUUGUUCCACGUGAAAAUGUUUGUUGGGCUUUUUGUUCAAGUUAAAUAAUGUUCAUGCUGGCAAUAAAUAAAUUCAGCACCUGCACAAGA